CUGGAGCUCAGCCCAGCACUCUGCGGGAGAAGAGCCACAUCCAGGGAUAUUUGGAAGGGUAAAGGGCGAUGACCACACCUGCUGGCUCCGGCGCCGGCUUCGGCUCUGUGUCCUGGUGGGGUCUGUCCCCAGCGCUGGAUCUACAGGCUGAAAGUCCUCCGGUGGACCCAGAGUCACUGGCAGAGACAGAGCACAAGAUCCCGGAGUUGGAUGUCCUGCUGUUAGGCUCUGUGGAUGGGCGACACAUGCUGCGGACGCUGUCCAGAGCAGCACUCUGGCCUCGCAGGAGAUUCAAUUUCUAUGUGCUGGAGAAUAAUCUGGAAGCCGUGGCUCGACACAUGCUGAUCUUCAGCCUAGCCCUCGAGGAACCAGAGAAGAUGGGGCUCCAAGAGCGAUGUGAGACCUUCCUGGAGCUGUGGGGGAACGCGCUCCUGCGACCCUCAGUAGCUGCCUUUGUGCGCGCCCAGUCUAGCCGCCUGGCCCAUCUGGUGCCUGAACCGGAUCACCUGGAGGAGCAACUACCCUGGCUCAGCCUCCGGCCUCUCAAGUUCCGCGAGCGGGAUGCCCUGGAGGCCGUGUUCCGCUUCUGGUCAGGCGGGGAGAAGGGACCUGAGGUCUUCCCCAUGAGUCGCCUUUGGGACUCGAGGCUGCGCCACUACCUGGGUUCUCGCUAUGAUGCCCGGCGUGGUGUUGCCGACUGGGACCUGCGCAUGAAGCUGCAGGAUCGAGGGGCCCAAGUCAUCCACAUCCAGGAAUUCCGACGCUGGCGGGACACAGGUGUUGCCUUUGAACUCAGAGACGCCAGUGCUUACCACGUGCCCAACAGGACCCUGGCAUCGGGUCGCCUCCUGAGCCACCGUGGGGAACGCGUGGCAGCGCGCGGGUACUGGGGGGACAUCGCCACGGGCCCCUUUGUGGCUUUUGGCAUCGAGGCGGACGACCAGAGCCUUUUGCGUACGAGUAACGGACAACCAGUCAAGACGGCGAGCGACAUCACGCUGCACAAUGUUACAGAGCUGUUCAGAGAAGUGGCCGCCUGGAGGGGCCCGAGAGCCAUCCAGGGGUACCUGGAGGAGACGAAGUCGCCGGAGCCGGAUGCGCCUCCUCAAGAACCCUUUACUAUGCACUUUCUGCCUCUGGAUUCUUCGCAGACUCUCCACCAUAAGACCUGCUACAAGGGCCGGAUCCAGCUGCUCUACGUAGCCUGUGGGAUGGUCCAUCUUCUCAGCCCCGAGCUUGGGGCUUGUGUGGCCCCUGGAGGGAACCUCGUUGUGGAAUUAGCUCGGUACUUGGUGGACCUGAGACCCAAGGAGUUGAAGGCGUUCUCUGACCGCGUCGGGGAGAUCGCGCGGGCCGCAGGGUUCGCCCCUCAUACCGGAGCCAUCCCCUCGGAGACUUUUGCACGCUUCUACAAGUUAGGGGACUCAACUCGGGGUGGUGGAGACUCAGCUGUGGAAUCUGGACCUGCGCCCUGCCAAGUCCUAGCCCCUCCUCUAGAAGCGAUGAGCCCACCCCAGGCUGACCAGGCCCCUCCACUGAAAACAAUGAACCUACCCCAGGCUGACCAGGUUCCUCCUCUGGAAGCGUUGAGCCCACCCCAGGCUGACCAGGCCCCUCCUCUAGAAGCGAUGAGCCCACCCCAGGCUGACCAGGCCCCUCCUCUAGAAGCGAUGAGCCCACCCCAGGCUGACCAGGCCCCUCCUCUAGAAGCGAUGAGCCCACCCCAGGCUGACCAGGCCCCUCCUCUGGAAGCACUGAGCCCACCCCAGGCUGACCAGGCCCCUCCUCUAGAAGCGAUGAGCCCACCCCAGGCUGACCAGGCCCCUCCUCUAGAAGCGAUGAGCCCACCCCAGGCUGACCAGGCCCCUCCUCUAGAAGCGAUGAGCCCACCCCAGGCUGACCAGGCCCCUCCUCUAGAAGCGAUGAGCCCACCCCAGGCUGACCAGGCUCUUCCUCUAGAAGCAUCGAGCCCACCCCAGGCUGACCAGGCUCUUCCUCUAGAAGCAUUGAGUCCACUCCAGGCUGACCAGGCCCCUCCUCUAGAAGUAUUGAGCCCACACCAGGCUGACCAGGCCCCUCCUCUGAAAGCAAUGAGCCCACACCAGGCUGACCAGGCCUCUCCUCUGAAAGCAAUGAGCCCACCCCAGGCUGACCAGGCCCCUCCUCUGAAAGCAAUGAGCCCACCCCAGGCUGACCAGGCUCUUCCUCUAGAAGCGAUGAGCCCACCCCAGGCUGCCCUGGUCCUGCCUCUAGAAGCAAUCGGCCUGCCCUAGUCUGACCUAGCCCCCCUCGGGAAGUGAUAAAUCCACCCCCGGCAAUGUCCAUGGUGAACGCACCUCCAAAACCCAGAGACCAAGUUAACCACUAAAGCAGGCCCCAGGAUUGACAGCAGCUCAUAAAACCAACCCUCAGCCCACCGCUGGCUGGAAUGCGGUUUUACUCUGCGUUCUUUCUCAACCCCAGUGAUAUAACUAGAAUUUGAGAUUCCUUUCCUGAGCGUUCGGUGGGGGGGUGGGGGUAGGGUAUGUGGCCUGGACUGUUCUCUGAGUUAUCCCGAGGCUAAUUGCAGGCUGGAGGCACAACCCUAUGUCCCAGGUCCUUCCCUUUGCCUUGGGCCUUUCUUUCUUGACAUGCUACUGUUGGGAGCAACAGGGACAUCUCCCCCCCUGCAUGUGGUUCAAAUAAAGAGUGCAGGGUCACCUCUGUGUGUCUGUCCUCAGUCGGUGUCCAGUGCCAGGAGAAAGGGGGGCAGUAGAAGCCCCAUUUGUGGGUUUACAAGUGAACUCGGUUUUGUUUCACAACCUGGAGUCCUACACAUGAACGUUCAAAUUAAACACGCCAGGGGUAAUGAAACUGACCGAAAAUUGGAGGAGGAGACAGGAAAUUGUAGGUCUCUGAAAGACUGCAGUUUAGUGAGGGGCCAGGGCCUGGACCCCUAGGUGUGAGGGAGGCAAGGAGGGGGCCUGGAUUUCUGGGUGUGAACAAGGGGAGCUGAAGCCUGGACCCUGGACUUUGAGAGAAGAGGGAGCUGGCUUCCAGAUUUUCCCGAGUCUGAUGGAGGAGGGAGUUGGGGCGCUAGAGUCAGAAAGAGGAGGGCUGUGGAUCUCUUGGUCCUCCAACUGGGGCUUUGCACACUCCUCCCCUCACACCGUUAUCUCCCCUGUCCUGGGCAGGGGAGGAGCCAGCAGUAUAUUUAGUCUUUGUCCUCGCCCCUUAUCUCAGUGUCCUCUGCGAGGCUUGAGCAGCCUAGAGGGGACCCAACCUCUAGAGACCUCCAAGGUCACCGAGGACACCCCUCCAGGACCCUCCAGGAAUCCCUGAUCCCUUUCUCUGCUUCGGGGGAUCAGCAU